UAAAUUAAUAUAAUAUUUUUUAUAGAAGUAUGCUGGUUCAAAUUAGUGUAUCUCUUUCAAUAUGGUCUGCUUACUACAUAUUCCUUAGAAAUUUUUUCAAUAAAUAUAGUGCUGAAUGGAUAUCUCGCAUUGUUGCUUGCACGCAUUCAUUUAUCUCUUGUAUGUUAGCAGAAUGGUGCAUGUUUACGACUCCUUGGUUGUUUAAUAGGAUUGGUGAUGUAAAUUUUGAAGAGUAUAACACUGUUGUUUAUGUGAGUGCUGGGUAUUUCAUAUUUGAAACUAUUUGGUGUAUAUUUAUGAGAACUGAAGGGGUUUUAAUGUUUUUGCAUCAUGUUACAAGUCUCCUAUCACUAAUCGCCUGUGCAUUUUUACAAAAGUCAGGUGCUGAAGUUCUGCUUACUACAUGGGGAGCUGAGUUGACAAACCCUUUUUUACAAAUUCGGUGGUUUUUACUUGAGGGCAAAAUAUGUGUAGAUUCAUCAGGAAGCAUGAACCUACUGAUGGUGAAACAUGUUAUUGAAGAGCACAAAAAUUAGAUAAGUG